AUGCUGGUCAAGGCGCUCCUGGUCACGAUCUUUGCCCUCAACUGUGCUCUAGUCUCGGCGAUGGACCCCUCUCCGGCGGUGAUUCCUGAGCUGGACCGUGUCUGGAACCACCACCAGAUCGAGCUUUCCGCUAUGCUCGAUGCGCUUUCGAGCGCCGGUAGGGCCCACUACCGCUAUCAAGAAGACAGGCAGGCACGUCGACAAGCUCUCCAGCUUGCCCGCUGGAUCGUUCAGCCUGACACUGUCCCAGCAAUCCACUACGGACUAGCACGGGAGCGAUCCAUCUUCCAGGGCGCCAUCGCCGAAGCCGAGACAGCCAUUGAAGCCACCGGAUACGCGAGCGUGCUCGAAUGGCACACAACCGUGGUCGCCAAGCUAUCCCGCCUUCACCAGCUGUUUGCGUCUCAGCAGACCAAGACGUUUGCCCUGAAGCGUUUCUUGCUCAGCCGCUAUGCGGGAUCCGGCGACUCGUUCCGGUACCUCAACUUUUGGUGGCUGCAAAGCACCUAUGCGGACCACCUCGACCGCCUUGCGCUGCUCUCGAAGGAGUUUGACACCAAGUACCAGAACAGGAUCGUGCGAUGGAACGUCCUGCAUCGGCCUUUGAGAGGUGCUCUGACCCGUCACGCUGCUCGAUCGCACCGCUUGACAGGCGACGGCGGCGCCAGCAGCCCGACAACGGGCGUGCUCCCUCCGAGCUAG